AUGAGCGACAAGAUUUCCUCUUGGAAUGUUGUCCACAAGCUGGAGAAGCGAGGGCUUCUCGUAGCUAUCAACUGUGUUGCAGCGCUGUCGAUUCUAUUCUUUGGUUAUGACCAGGGAAUGAUGUCUGGAGUCAACAACUCCAAGGACUAUAUCGAACUAAUGGGGUUCGGCUAUACGGAGAUGGUGGAAGGAGAACCGACACCGGUGGUCACCAACUCUCUGCUGCAGGGUGGUAUUGUGGCGGUUUAUUAUCUUGGAACUCUGUUCGGCGGUCUUUUCGGCGGCUGGCUGGGUGAUCGCAUGGGCAGAAUCAAGACCAUCGCUGCUGGAGCAAUUUGGGCGAUCCUGGCACGAUUCAUCAAUGGCAUUGGCACGGGUAUUUUGAACGCUAUCGUUCCUGUCUGGGCCACAGAGACCGCCGAGCACACUUCGCGUGGCCAAUUCAUUGCCAUUGAAUUUACUCUGAACAUCUUUGGUGUCGUCAUGGCUUACUGGCUAGAAUUUGGUCUGUCAUUCAUUGAUGGCGGCAACUCGGCCUUCCAGUGGAGAUUUCCUAUCGCUUUCCAAAUCAUCUUCCUGCUUAUUCUUUUCGGAGUUGUCUGGUUUUUCCCUGAGUCCCCACGUUGGUUAGUCAAUGUCGGCCGCGAGGAGGAAGCCCGGUAUAUUCUUCAACGACUUCGUGGUAGCAGCCCCGAGGAUCGCGUCCGUGCCGAGGCCGAGUUUCUGGAUAUUCAGGCCAUUGCUGAGAUGGAGAAGACCGUCGUUCACGGUGGUGGACACUCUUAUCUUUCCAUGCUCUUUGGCUACAAGUCUGGAGAUCUUCACAUUGGUCGUCGCGUGCAACUGGUUGUCUGGUUGCAAAUUAUGCAAGAAUGGGUUGGUAUCGCUGGUGUCACCGUUUACGCGCCGACUAUAUUCAGCAUUGCCGGGUUCGACUCGAGGAAGAGCCAGUGGAUUAGUGGAUUGAACAAUGUGUUCUACAUGUUUGCUACCCUCGUCUGUGUUUUCACUUUGGAUCGCAUCGGUCGCCGCUGGACGUUAUACUGGGGAUCGGUAGUACAGGGAAUCGCCAUGUUCCUCGCCGGUGGAUUCUCACGCCUGGCCAUUAAUGCCAAAGCCGAUGGUGACAUGGGUCAAGCGUCAUCAUAUGGUGCAGCAGCAGCCUCCAUGAUCUUCAUUUUUACCUCGACUUUCGGAGCUACCUGGUUGACCGUGCCCUGGGUGUACCCUGCUGAGAUCUUCCCUCUGGCUGUUCGUGCUCGUGGAAAUGCCUGGGGUGUUGUUGGUUGGAGUAUUGGAAACGGAUGGCUGACCCUUCUAUGCCCCGUCAUGUUCGGAGCAAUUGGUGAAAAGACUCUCUAUGUAUUUGCCGCCAGCAACGUCAUCACGAUCCCCAUGGUGUGGGCUUUAUAUCCGGAGAGUAGCCAGCGUACUUUGGAAGAUAUGGAUCUUCUGUUUGCUUCUCCAAGCCCAUGGGCUUGGGAAGCUGAAAAGACCUUUGCUCGCCUCAAGGCUGAGAACCCUGGUAUGGUACAAGCUAUCAGCCGCAAGAACAGUGUUCUGGACCCAGAGGCGGGCAAGUCAUUUGAGAUUGCGAAGGCCGAGGAGAAUGCUACCAGUGCUGCCGAGCAUGUUGAUCACGCUUGA